CAAAAAAAUAACGCAUCAAUCUCUCAGCACAAGUCUGCGUUUUAGAUCAGAUCUGCUCAGGUCAGACUGAUCGCUGUUCGGAGCUCCGGGAAAAAUGGCGGCGGCGAGACAGUUACGCACUCUCCAAUCUCAGCCGGAUAACAAGGUAUGCGUCGACUGCGCUCAGAAGAAUCCGCAAUGGGCGUCGGUUUCUUACGGAAUCUUCAUGUGCUUGGAGUGCUCAGGGAAGCACCGAGGCUUAGGCGUCCACAUCUCCUUCGUCAGAUCCGUCACCAUGGAUUCAUGGUCAGAGAUCCAGAUCAAGAAAAUGGAAGCUGGAGGCAACGAACGGCUCAACAAAUUCCUCGCGCAAUACGGAAUCCGUAAAGAGACAGAUAUCAUUUCCAAGUACAAUUCCAACGCUGCUUCGGUGUAUCGUGACCGGAUCCAGGCUUUAGCCGAAGGUAGGCCGUGGAGGGAUCCGCCAGUCGUCAAGGAAACGAUUAGCGGCGGCGCAGGAGGAGGAGGAGGUGUGGGGAUGAUGAAUAAGAAGCCUCCGUUGGCUCAGGGAGGUUACGGAAACAGUAACGGAGGAUGGGAUAGUUGGGAUAACGAUGAUUCCUCCAGAUCUUCAACCGAUAUGAGACGGAAUCAAUCAGCGAAUGAUUUUAGGGCAUCGGGAACUCGUCCCGGCGGCGGAGGAGGUGCACCGGUUAAGUCGAAGUCAUCGGAAGAUAUCUACACGCGAUCGCAGCUUGAGGCUUCCGCUGCGGGGAAGGAGAGUUUCUUCGCGAGGAGAAUGGCGGAGAAUGAGUCUAAGCCUGAAGGGCUUCCUCCAUCGCAAGGCGGCAAGUAUGUAGGGUUUGGAUCAAGCUCUGCUCCACCACCGAGAAACAAUCAACAGGAUGAUGUUUUCUCUGUCGUGUCUCAGGGUUUGGGAAGAUUGUCUCUCGUUGCCGCAUCUGCAGCUCAGUCAGCUGCAAGUGUUGUUCAAACAGGAACCAAGGAGUUUACAUCAAAGGUUAAGGAAGGUGGGUAUGAUCACAAGGUGAGUGAAACUGUAAAUGUAGUAGCGCAUAAGACAACAGAGAUAGGACAGAGAACAUGGGGAAUUAUGAAAGGAGUAAUGGCAAUUGCGACACAGAAGGUCGAAGAGUACACUAAAGAAGGAACAACAAGCUGGAAUCAACAGAAUGAAAACGAGAGCAAUGGUUACUACCAGAACUUUGGAAAUGGGAACAAAGCAGCUAAUUCAUCUGUUGGAGGAGGAGGGCGGCAAGAGUCAUCAUCAAGUGGUCAUGACAACAAUUCUCACAAGUCAAAUUCUUGGGAUGAUUGGGGAGAGGAUGAGAGUAAGAAGAAGGAAGCAGUAGCUCCAAAGGCGUCAUCAGCUUCUAAUGAUGAUGAUGGCUGGACCGGUUGGGAUGAUCAUGAUCCCAAAGAUGAUGAUGGGUUUGAUGGUUAUUACCAAAGUGCUGGCGACAAGAAAUCUGUUGGUCACAACGGGAAAUCAGACACCGCUUGGACUGGUGGAGGUUUUCUCUAAAGGCAAGUGCUGGUGAGAAGUGUAUAAUUAAUUAAGACUGGGAUCGUUGUGGUUUGAAUAUAAGAUGAAGAUUGGUCAUCAUCUUUAAAACCAUUUUCAUCCAUUACCACAGGUCGGUGUUUUUUUUUUUGGUAAGAAAUUACGUAUUUGUAUAAGAUCCAUAGCCGACUGUUUUGCUAAAGAUUCUCUCAGUUAGUCUUUCACAAUUUUAAAUUAUUUUCAACUGUAAACAUAACUAAACCAUUCUUUUUAUUCCCCUAAAUUGUCUUUCUUGUUUACGUUAAUUUUCAAAACGUAUAAAUUUCA